GUCUGUUUUUCCGCCAUGUUGGCUUAUAAGUGAGUUCCUUUACCUCGUGCAAAAGAGAGUCUUUUAACUGGUAAUUGGGACGUUUAUAAAGAAUAUAACCAGUGUCGAUGAACGGUAUUAAAGAUACAUGAAGGAGAGCGACGUUGAUGAAACAACAAGGCUGAUGUCGGACGAACCGCAGCCCCAAAAUUACGACGAGGAAGGCUCCUCUCGUGCCCGCCGUCAACGCCGUCAACGAGAAACUGAGCAAAAUACAUACACAGUAAGUCUCUUAGGUGCAAAACCAGCUAAAUUACUUCACAAAUUUUUUCAGACUUUAUUGGUGUAUGUUGGAGGUUUAAUCUGUUAGUAAACUGGUGCGUAGUUACGUUCAUGCCUAUUUUGAAACAUAUCAAAAAGACGCGAGCUUUUCAUUUCCGUUGGAUACCGGUAAAAUUAAAUGCUGGAGUGUCUAGUCAAGAUGAAAGGUUUUUUUUUCCGUUGUGAACGUGCUGUAGGUUUCAAUGCUUAAGUGCCUUACGCCUUCAUGUAUAGUCUUUGUCUCUGAUCAUGACAGCAAGUUGUCUCAGUGAAUGUAAAGUUGAAAGACUGACUCAGAGAUUUAUAUCCAGACAUUUUUUUUCCGUUUGCUAACCUCUCAUGAUUUAACUACUCCUGUGGCCCUACAAAUGGUUUUAUCCUCACCCCAUCCAGUCAGCUCCCUCUUGGGAUCUUUACUGAGAGUGUAUGUUUUAAGAAAGGUGUCAGUCUUGAGGUGCCUAUUAAGUUUACACCCAAGUUACCUGCUUGUCAUUUUACUGGAAGUCAUCUUGCCUAACAUUUAUUUAAUUAAGCUGUGAGCUAUGUGACUUAUGCAGUCAGCCUUUCUAUCAUUACUCCUUUUUUGUCUAAAAUAACACCAAAUACAUAUUUUUAUCAUGUUAUGUUUGCAAGUGUCAAUAAGGAGAUGCACAAUGUGCAAGCCAGUGAGCCAGCGAGGCAUGCAAGGCAGAUGUACGAGGCAUCUGAAAACAUGCAAGGCACUUAGAAACAUGUGGGGCAAAAACAAUUCGUUAAAAUAAAAGAAUUGGACAGGUUUACACAACUUGUACAGUUCGUAAAGAAUUCUCUGUUGACCCACCUUUAUGUGUUCUCAUUAAAAGGUCAUUGAAGGAUUUUCCCUUGCAAAAUUAUAUAAAGGGAGGUUCCUCACUAAAUUUCUUGUUAAUGUUUUUGGUUCGGCAUGAGGUGCCAUUUCCCCAUCAUUAUAAUAAUUUUAUAAUCUUUGAGGUGCAGAUUUUUUCCUCUGUUGGAGGGCUGCUGGCAAUGCAACCUCAGAGUGGUACUUUCUCACAGCUGGAUAGCCUCUGUUCUUUAGGCCAGAUUCCAAAUAUUGAACCCUAUUUUUCCUCAGAAGGAAUUUUUUUAUCAUAAGUCCUAGCGUUUUUUCCUUUGAUAAAGCCCAUCUUUACGGGUUGACAGAGUAAUGACACGAGCUUGUGUACAGUGAAAGGUAUCUGUGAGUUGUUAUGUGUUUACACGUCCAGGAUAGGAGAUGUCUGCACGCAGGCUUUUAACACAGAAAUAUCAUAAUAGACGCUAUUCUGACUCUAUAAAAAUCUACACAAUCCAAUGCGCAAAUUUUGUCUCUCCUACAAACCUCUCUAUUUCAUCUAGACUGGGCGUAGUGUGUAUAAUGGACCCAGCCUUUGAAAGUGCAGUAUUGUGUAACUCUCAUUCUUGUCCUCUUAGGAUGAUAGACAAGAGGAAUUUGAUGAUGAAGAUAAUGAAAGGAUGGGCAGAGAGCGAGAGAGGAGCCCUAGGCAACUAAGAGUACGAGAUGAGUCACCUCAUGACAGUGAGAUGGAUGAGGAGGAAAUGCUCAAAUAUGGGGCUAAAAGUGUCAUGAUGCUGAUCAUUCCUGUAUCAAUGUGUAUGUUAGUUGUGGUGGCAACCAUAGCAUCAGUUACAUACUACACUCGCAAGGGAGGAACGUACCUGUAAGUCUGGUAUUCCAUAAAGAGAGUAUAGUAAUUAUUGACUUAUGGAGAGUUAUCAAAUACUGAGACUGGAAGGUUGUUCAUGUUUCCAUACCAAGAGACAAUUUCAUUGGUCAGUGUAAUAAAAUUUCACAGGUGUAAUUUAGCAUUGCAGCAAUUGCUUUCAGAUUCUCAAACAAUAGCUCUAAUAGUAAAUCACACCUGUAAAAGUUUUAUCAUAUUGACCCAGGAUACUGGUAACCUCAUGCAAUAUUAUAGACAAGUGUGUGUUGUGGAUCAUUGAAUAAUAAUAAUAAUUCUUUUUCACCCAGUCACAGUGAUUGUUACAUGCAACCUCCCCCUAGAUGAUUGUUAGCAGCCAAUCAGCAAAAAAUCCAGAUUCUGGAUGUUUUCAUAUUACAGGAUAGUUUUUGGUUCGGCACUAUCAUUUGACUAUUGCAAUUGUCUAGAGGCAUUUUACAUGGGUCAUUAUUAGGGAUGUACAUUGUUGCUAAGGAAAAGAUGAGCAGGCUUUUUUAUACGUCAAUUCUGCUUUUUUUCUCAACUGCACCUUCAAAAUUACGUCAUGUCCAGAGCAAUUUGAGCUGGUGAUGAACUCUUUUUCAGCCAGUGAAAUUAGCUGGAACCCGGCUCUUAGCAACAUCCCUGCAUAAAAAGAUUUGACCCAAACUGCAUACCGAGCAUAAAAAGACACUGGCAUCCAGUGUACCAGGAUAUCAGAAAACCUUAUGCAAUAUUAACUUAGUGUGUGUUGUGAAUCACUAGGUAAGUGGUUACAGAUUGUCUCCUGGUUUCAGAUGUGGAGAUUAUGUUGAGCCCUAUGAUUUUUUUAACCAAAUAUUCUAUAUAUCUUUUCCAAGGGAACUGAAGUGAAUGUUCAAAAAAUAACCUUCUUUCAAGUUAUAAAAAGCUGCAGAUACUGCUUCAAUUAUCUAAUUAAAUCAUUGUUAUUUUUUUCUGUUUUAUUUAGUGUUUACACUCCAUUUCAUGAAGAAGGGAAUAUAAGUCAGGCAAGGAAGGCUGGAGAAGCAAUUGCCAAUGCCUUUAUAGUGAUUGGUGUUGUCUUGGUGUUAACAAUCAUCCUUGUUGUGUUGUACAAGUUUAGGUGCUAUUGUGUGAGUAUCUCUACAUUAAUUUAUCUACUAGUAAUAAUCAAAGGUUAUGCAGUGCGGGGGACAUCAAUCAAAGGUCAAAACACUUUCGCUUCAACUCCGUGCUUUGGCUAAGAUUCAUGGGUGAUUUGCUUUACGCAUGAAAGAAGUUACAAAUGUGCCUCAGAUCAGAUUGUGUUUUGUGCAUUCUAUUCAUUCUUAGUGGAAGUCCAAACAAAGCUGGCUGAGCAACCUAGAGAUUAUGAUUGUGGGCUCCUCUUGUUGCCUGCAAUUAGUCAGUGGUAAAUUUCAAGUUUAAGGCAUUACCACAGAAUGAAAAUUCAAAAAACAUGCAUUUCAACAAGGUUAGAAUUAGGUACAUGUACAACUAACAAACUCAAGUGGAAAAGCAAAAUAUAUAUUCCUUAAUAUGAUAAUAAUAGCUGUCAAAUAUUGUUUUUCAGAUUAUAUCUGGAUGGCUAGUUUUAUCUUCGCUUAUGUUACUUUUCUUCUUUGGAUAUAUAUACUUUCAGUAAGUGUAAAUAAUUGACUUUUUCCUAUAAAGUUGAAUACAUAACUGAUCUCAACAGUAGGUACAGGAUAGAGUGUUAAACCAUUUUGAGAUUGUUAAUGAAUAAGGACUCUUACAGCUGUAUGUAAAUAUGUCUUAACCUUUUUUGGCCAAGCAAAUCCAUAAACAACAAAUACUAUGAAUACAGCCAAUAACAAAUUUUUGAUAUUGGCUGUAUUGUUAGACAGGUGACUAUUGAUUGUGUAGCAUAAAGACGAGAGACACAUAUUGUGGCACUGAACAUUAGACAUUUAAGAUAUCUUAGGCUUCCCGUUGUAUAAAAUUAUAAUACAAUAUUAAUUUUAUAGGGUCUUUCUUUCUCAGUAACAGAAAUUACACUCAAUUUUUGUCAGUGCAAGACUGUUGUGCCUUGCCACUGGGAAUCUAAAGCGUUAAAAAAAUAUACAGUGUACAACUGUAUUUUUGUAUUGUUAUUUUACUAACAGUAGUAUGCUGGUAAUUCCUUCUGUAUAUAAAAGAAUUUGUGUAUUUCCCCACAGGGAGGUGCUAAAGGUGUACAAUGUACCAAUGGAUUACUUUACAUUAUCACUGAUAAUCUGGAAUUUUGGAGUAGUAGGGAUGAUUUGUAUACACUGGAAAGGUCCGCUUAGAUUACAGCAAGCUUAUCUUAUAUUAGUUAGUGCUCUGAUGGUAAGUUCAAUUCUAUUCAUUUACACCCUUUUAACUCAUCAACAAAGAUGAGUGUGGGGGGAGGUGCUCAAAAAGUUGGUGGGGCCAAGAACGGAAGCUGAGAACAACACGUAACCAUGAUAACCCUGUGAGUGGCAACCACCCGAGCACUGUCACACUACUAACCAGUGGAACCUAGAAUACUUACCAUAAUUAUACUUACCAAGGGGAGGGCAGGGAAGGGGGCAAAACAGGCUAAUGAGAAUGAGCAACAAGAACAUAUGGGCUGACCUCAGCAGAAAAGCUAUAAAACUUAAAUGCCCCUGCAAAGCUAUAGAAGGCCCCCAAAAAGCAGAAGUGAGAGACUGUUGGGCAGCAUUGUCUCAAAUUUAGAUGAAGUUAAGUCGUUUGGCUAAAGCAAGUGCGGUCAGCCUUGCUUGCAUCACCUCCAUGUGCUCAGUGCAGGGUUUUCCUGGCUGCCAUUCUCUUCGUUUAGCCUUUGGAUCAUUCUUUUACCCCCACCCCCCCCUUUUUUCUUCCACUGUUAAUCAGUGUGACAGGUACCUGGUUCCGUGGGCGUGGGAGCUCAUGACUUGAGGGCAUGGGUUUGCCAGCGAUGGGGACAUAACACUGUAAUUGGUUUAGUUCUUCCGCUUCUGCUUGCAACUUCAACAACCUAGUUUUCACAUGAUUGCAAGCCUUUAGUUUUCAAGGUAGAUCAAAUUAAACUAUGAGCCGUGAUUAGCUUAGCUUAGUUCACCUCAGAGGAUUGAGUUGCGUCCUUCCCAAGAGUCAACGAGCACUUGUAAAGUUCUUCGAUCAGUGUGUGCGUGGUUGAUUUUCCCACUUACAGUGUUACAUGUAAAUACUGAAUAAUGCAUACACUUUAAAUUCAUUGCUUUUUUUAAACUGGUUUCAAAGUUUUAGCUCUUAGCUCAUAUCGUUUAUGUCACUGACUUCAACCACCAUACAGCCAUAGUAUUCUAUAAUCAAUGGAGGGUCAAUGCAGGGUGCUAGGGUUUUCAUCAAUAGAAAGGUAAAACAUCACAUUUACACAAAUGGCAAACCGCAGAGGUGAUCAUACAGUUAGUGGUAUGGUACUAAUGAAUCUGACAUCAAUAAAAUUAAUUUAAAAAAAACUUCUUCUCCUUUUUUUUGUUGAACUUUAUAACACUGGGCAUAAAACCCCCUCUUAAAGAUGUUUUUUCUAACCCUACAGGCUCUGGUGUUUAUCAAAUUCUUGCCAGAUUGGACAACCUGGGCAAUUUUAGCAGCUAUUUCACUUUAUGGUAAGUAUCAGAAGGCUGCAGACUCGAUGUCUGUACUCUACUCUGCCACUGUCUUUUAAACUUCUUUUAGACUACAGAAUCAAAUUUUUGGGUCAGGUAAUAUUCAAAAUGGUUUCUUGCUUCCUUUUUUUUACUUAACAUCAGGUGUUUGAAUUUGAUUGUGUUACAGAUUUGUGUGCUGUCCUCUGCCCUAAAGGACCCUUGAAGAUCCUUGUUCAAACUGCCCAAGAACGAGAUGAGCCAUUGUUUCCAUCUCUUAUUUAUUCUUGUAAGGUCACUUAUUUAAUGUCUCUGUUGGUUGAAAACCAAACAAACAAAAAACAUCCAGUAAUAAUUUUCAAUUCCAUACCUAAAUGGUAUUUACAGUGAAAUUUGUUGUAUUGUGCUGCGCGUAUUGCAACCUUCGAAGGGAUUUUGGGUUUUUCUGUUCCAUCAAUCAUUUUAGUGAAGGCGGGGUUAAAGCAAAUCACAAUGUAAUGUCUUCGCCCAGCUUGGCUGAGAAUGACUCUAGACUGCUCAAGAAUAGCAAAGGAAAUCGUGAUGGUGAGUGGAUUUUUUGUCGAAGGAAAGAGGCAGACGUUGCUUUAUUCUUGCAAGUGACAAGAAUAAGAAAGAUCAGAAAAAACCGUGAAGCAAACUUAACUAGUCGAUUAUUGCUCAAAACAGGACGAUCACAAAGCAACGAAUCUUGAAACACGAAACAAACAAAAUGGAUCAAAAUCCACCAAUCACGAAUCACAAGCCAUGACCUUUUGAACUCGUGCAAGUAAACAUGUGUUUCCUAAGUGGUCCGCUAAGAUGAUUGACAGAACAGAAAAACCCCAAAAUUCCUUUGUAGUUUGCAAAACGCACACCGCUAUACAACGAAUUUCGCUAUAAGCAUUCUGUAUUCUCACAACCGCACGUUUGUGAGAGGGCUUAAAGUAUUAAUUUAUUCUUGUGCUUAUUGUUGUUAGCUACAAUGAUGUGGACGAUUGGAAUGGCCGAUAGGGACAAUUCCAAUGACUCAAGAACAGGUCCGGGAACAAUUGGUAACAUUAAUGCACAGACAGAUGAUGAGGAAGAAUUUACAGGGUCAACUGAAGGUGUUGGGCCAUCUAAUGAAGCAGCAGAGGAUGCAAUAAGGGCACUUGGUAGAAAUGAUGAGGAACAAAAUGUAGAAAAUGCACCCCCAGAGAAUCAAGAGGAAGAAGAAAGUAAGGAAGAUUUAUUCCUUGUUGUAAUCAGGUUGCAUAGAAAGUCAUGUACUAGCCCAAAAGUCCUUUCGACUAGGUCCCCAAAAUCUUUUGAUGAGUAGGUUUAAUAAAGAUAUUAUUAAUUAUUAAUUAAUUACUCCACUGGUGAACUAAUUACUGGAUUCAUUAAUUCAUUGUAACAAAGAUUGUGUGGAUCACACAUCUAGUCUGACAUGAAAUGUAAUGUGAUUCUUGUUUUUUCAGGUUUCAAUUUGUCACAUCAGCUUGAAAAAUGACGUUUGGUCCACAUAAAUCAAUAAGGAAUUUUCAGUUUGUCUCGCAGAACAUAUGUAAUUGGAAUUUCCCUCACUUUUCCUUUGGAUAAUUUAAGAACAGAAUUCACUAGCCCUAUUGCAAAAUCCAAUAACUCCGGCAUAUCAGACAAGAUUUUUUUGCAUGCUCUGUAAUGCCUACAUUUGUACCUCAUCAUUAGGUUUACGUUUUGGUGGUUUGCUUUUCAAUGUAUUGCACUACUCUUUCCUUCACACAAGUCUUAAUGAAUGCCUUGUUCUUUUCUGUUAUCAGAGGGAGUUAAAUUAGGCCUGGGAGACUUCAUAUUCUAUAGUGUUCUCGUGGGCAAAGCAUCUUCAUACAAGGACUGGAAUACAACCAUUGCUUGCUUUGUGGCCAUCCUUAUAGUGAGUAUCAGUUGUGAAUAGGUUUAAUGUCAUUCAUUGUCUAGAAAAAUGUCAUUUUAAGUUAUUAAGGAGAAGUAGACAUGCUCUCGUACAUAUAUUUUUGUCUUUACAAAUCUUUUGCCUUGAAUGGGCAAGUAAAGCUUGAGCCACACCCAGAUAAGAGGACAGGGCUGUGGUCUACGAGCUCCCAGUGGCCCUUGGCACCUUACUUUUGUUCUUGGACUAAGAGAUCAAAGGUUUAAAAAACAAACAAACAAACAAACAAAAACAAAACACAUAAGCUGAUUACCCUGGAUUUGACAGGUUCAGAGCAUUAGGCUCCCUUCAGUUUUUCUUUAAGCACAGCCUUGGAAGACUUUUCAUGAGUGACCUUUCCCUUUUGACUUAGGGUUCCUCACCUCCUUUGGUUUGCUAGUGAAGAAUUUCUUUAGAAAAAUCACCCCAGUCUAGAGUUUGUCUUAACAUAUUAUUUUCUCUCCUUUUGCAGGGUCUUUGCUUAACACUUCUCCUGUUAGCCAUCUAUAAGAAAGCAUUGCCUGCUUUGCCUAUAUCCAUUACUUUCGGACUUAUUUUUAACUUUGCCACAGCAGAGCUUGUCAAGCCAUUCAUGGACAGUCUCUCCAGCCAACAAGCUUUUAUCUGAACUUAGUCAUGUAGUUUCAAGAGUUGCUUUACUAAACGUGUAUGAUAAUAUUGUAAUAUUAAUAUUGAUCGCAGAACACAUACUUGAAAAAGGAUGUUUUUCAUUUGACCUUGAAUAAUAGUUCCCAUUUCUGUUCAUCAUUGUUUUAUCAGUCAAUAGUCAAAACAUAGACCCAGCAUUUAGCUUCAAAAGAAAAUCCUGCAAUGGAAAACGUAUUUUUUGAUUGUCUAUUCAGCUGCCAUUUUUUGCAAAUAGUUACAGUAAAUUUACUCUUCAGCAAUCUUCCUUCAGCUGGGAAUGCAUAGACCUCUUUCAUAAUUCUUUCAUAUGUACAUAAAUGAGCCUUUCUAGGCUUGUUUGAAAAUAAGAAUUCUUUUAUAUUUUGCACAUGCUAACGAGGUCAGAAAGGGUAAUUAUCAUACAUAUGAAAGAAUAAUAUAGGCCGUCAUUAUGAAAGAGGUCUAUUGCAUUUUGGCUAAGCCAACCAAAAGCCAAGUGCAUUUGUGUCUGUUUGACAAAUCAAUCAAAUUCUCAUAUUCCUUUGAGUGUUGGUUUAGUUUUGUUCCUACAAGAUCAUUAAAGGUCGAACAAAAAUCUCUCUUAAAUAGCAGUCGGAAAUAGUAAUAAGUUAACUCUACCUAAGAUAGCCAAAGGCUAGCACUAAAUGUGUAUCUCAGAGAGCUGUCCUUCUUAUGGAGAGUCAAAAGAAAAUAAUGACUAAAGAAUUGGCAGGGACCAACUGUAGGUGUAUGCUAUGGGGAUAAUUUUGAUCAGGGCCAUAACCCACAACACCUGUUGUGACUGAGCUCACUUGAUGUUAUGAGUGAUCAAAGUGGAAAGCUAGAGGUGACAACAUAAUUUUUGUGAGAUGUUACGCAUGAAUCUUCAUUUGCUAUGGCUCCUUCAAAACUUAAAGACAGGCUUGAUGAGUAACAAUGUCUUUUAUAUUUUGUAUAACAAUAUGUCAUAUACCAGAAAUGAGUAGAGUUCUACUUUUCUGCUUGCCAUGAUAAUUUUGGUUUAUUGUUCUGGAUUGCAUCUACAGUUUUAUAUUACUUUUUCUGGGGGACAAACGUGAUAACUUGCUCACAACACAUAAAACUUGUAAAUGCUGGUAAUUUAAACAGCCAAGUGCAGUGAAGAGAGUUCAAUUUGUGUAAAAUAGCUUUGUAUAUUUUUUGUAUUAGCUGUUAAGCAGAUUGCACUACAAAGGUGAAGCUGGUAUGUAUAAAACAAUGAUGGCUGUUUGUGAGCUUGUCUCUUGUGGUGAUUCCUAUUUAUCAAGUCAGAUCAUCUCCUAUAGUAAUUAGCUGAUAAUGAUUCAUUUCUUUAUAUAGGGACAACAUUUUAGCAAUGUAAUUUUAUUAUUCUAGAGAAAAAUCUGUACAAUCCACUUCUUUUUUCAUUAAUUUCAUUUUUCAUUACAUUUCUGCUGGACAUGAUCACUAUUACUCUUGAAAAGUAAAAAUUAAUAUAAAACUUUUCCCCCACUAUUGCUUGAUAAAGGUCAGACAUUGAAGAUUAUUAAAAGUAUUUUUUUGUCAUUAACUUUGUCCUCCUGAGUAUAUUUAUUUUAAUGCAGUAAUAACCAAAAGGUUAGAGAGUGCAGGUGAUAUUGAUUGAAGGAAGCUCAGAUUUC